UCUCCUCCCUAUUUUUUGCACCCUUAUAAAGUGUUAAAUACCGGGGUGAGAUCCCACAACCGAGCCAAAGCACCCACCGAGAGCAUCUUAGUCACGCGCACCUGCAUCAUCUCUACCAAGAGGAGCGUCUCCCUUUUUCACUUGAACUUUCUUCAUCAGGAGGCUAUUUACUGCAAAACCCACAACAAAAAGAAAUGGACAGCAGACUAUUGGUUGUGGCAAUGGUGGCAGUGGCCUGUCUUUUGCUGGGGGCAAAGGCACAGAACACCACAGCCACUAUGAAUGCCUCAACUGCUCUAACAGCAGGACCCACUACAGCCCCAAGUGCCACUGCAACAGCAGGACCCACUACAGCCCCAGGUGCCCCUACAACCCUAGUUGUCUCUGCAACACCAGAAGCCCCUACAGCCCUAGUUGUCUCUGCAACAGCAGCACCCACUACAGCCCCAGGUGCCCCUGCAACAGGAGGAUCCACUACCAUCCAAACCACCACUGUGUUUGUCAGUAAUAACACUGUUGAGACUUUCACGUCCAACAUCACCAGGGAUCCCUGCGGAAAGACCCAGUUUUGUGCUUCCGAGCCAUCGACCUGCAUUCCCAGCUCCCAGUCCUGUUUCUUCGUGUCUGCGGCCCAGUCCUCAGGCCAGGUCUUCUCUUUCCAGCUGAAUGGACCUUCAACCAGCUACAUUGCCAUGGGACUCGCAACUAGCGCUGCACAGAGCUUAAACGUCCCCACCUAUGUGUGCGCAAACAGCAAUGGCACUUUCAAGUUCUUCACCACUUUCCUGAACAACAACGAACUUGUGAUGACAUCGCUGCCGGUGAACGAAGUGAAGGGCGUCGUGAGAGGGAAGCUGCUCCAGUGUGCCUUCACGGCCUCUCUCCCCAGGGCCAGCGGGGUCUCCUCCAAGUCCCCUGACACCAGCUUUAUCGUCUCCAUGUCGGAGGGAACCCUUACUGAGGGCAUGCUGAACACCCCCACCGCCCGGCUGCGGAGCACUGAGGCAGUCGACCUGAGCAACCCCAACAGCACCAUCACCAACAGCCUCACCGCCACCACCACCGCCCCCGCCACCACCGCCAGCCACGGCAUCACGCUGCAGCGCUCCCUCUCCCAAGCUCUGUUGAUCCUGUUGGGUGUGCUUGGUCUGGCCAUGCUGUAAGAUGAAUCUGGAUGUGACGACCUGGAGGAACUCAGGAUGUCAACAGCCAUUCGAUUCUAUUGAGCCAUCCUAUGGAUUCUAUUCUACCCUUCCAAUCCUUUUAGAUGAUUUUACUCAACAUAAGUUGUAAGAAAUAUGUUUUUCAUGCCGGGCACUGUUUGAAGAGCAGUUACUGACGGCUUUGCUCUGAUUGAAGUGAUCUGAUGAUUUUUUGUAAUUUGAAUGUUUGAUUCUACCUAUUGAUUCAAGCAAAACUACUUGAAAAAUGACUUAUUUUAUUUCCCUGUGUACUAUUUAUUUUGUUCUCCCAUUUGUUGUAGCUCUGAAAAAGACUCUCAAUGAACAGCAGGGUUCAUAUUCAGGUAGUUGUAUGUGUUUGUCAGGGAGAGAAAGUCAGGGAACCCCGGUGUUCUGCCCCUGGCAAGCAUAGACAAGCGCCAUCUAGUGGCCAUUAUAUAAUGUCACCUUUUUCCGUUGGUCAUUUGCAGAAGCUACAGCUGGCUCGAUUGUUGUUUAUUGAUUAUUGUUUCCACGGUAAUUUCUUUGUAAUUUCCAUUAAUUACCAAGUAAUUAAUUUCCAAGCAAUGUCUAUUAAUUUAAUUUUCAUACUCAGUCAUUUCCAAUAUUUUUCUGAUUAUCUGAUGUAUAUGUACCUAUGUCCAUUCUUGUAUUAUUUUCAGUUUUACUCUGUUUCAUUAAAAAACCUGGAGCUUGGAAGCUAAA